CAGCAAGAGCUAUAGAUCUCUCGUCUGUUGAUUGAGCACCAUGGAACGCCACGUCCUGCGCUCGCCCUUUUCUCGACACCCGCUGGACACUGAACAGAACUUCGGAGCCUUCAUACUGGACAAGCUCCGAGCGUACCCCCAUUCGAGAUUCGUGAACGGCAGCAGCCACGCGAGCUGGAGCUACGGCCAGCUAGCCGGCCAGGUGCGUGCCGUGUGCGGAGGCCUGCGGAGGCUGGGCCUGGGCCUCGGGAGCACCGUCUUGCUGCUCAGCCACAGCGGUGCCGAGCUGCUGCCGGCCAUGCUUGGGGCCGCCUGCGCCAACGUGGCCGUCACUUUCGGGGACCCCGACUUCGGCGUCGAUGUUAUCGUCGACCGGAUGGAGCCCCUGCAGCCGGACGCCAUUUUCUGCGAGCCUAACGCCUUGGCAAAGGUGCUGCGGGUCCAAAAACGACUCAGAUCCGUUAAGCACGUAGUACUGCUGGGCGGCACCGGAGAGGCCGGUGACAAGACGCUUUCCUGGAGCGAGCUUCUGGACUCAGGCGACUCCGAUCCCCCUCCGUCGCCCGAGUACGUGGCGGGGCAGCCGUGCUGCCUGCCGCUCACAAGCGGAACCACGGGCAAACCCAAGGCGGUGGUACACACGCACGAGUCCCUCCUCGCCAGCGUGCAGGCUGCUGGGCACCCGGAUCAGCUGUCGCUGGACGAGCAAGACGUGCUGGUGUGCACGAGCAUGCUGAGCCACAUGUACGCGCUCAUGGUCUGCGUGUGCAAGGGAAUCGUCCAGGGCGCUUCGACAGUCUUCCUCCACUACCAGGCCAGCACGGAAACCCUCCUCGAGGCUCUUCAGAAAUACCGGGCGACGGCGCUGAGCACGGUGCCGUUUGUGGCGCAGAAGCUGCUCGCCCACCCGCACCUCGACAGCUACGACCUUAGCUCGCUACAGCAUUUGACCACGGCCGCGACACACAUCUCCACGGACAUUGCCAGGGCGCUUUACGACAGACUCCAUCUGACGAGCUUCACUCAGCUGUACGGCCAAACGGAGGUCCUCUUUGCCACUGCGGGUAGCUACGGGAAGCCGCCCAACUUCACGUCCAUAGGCCAAUUGGGCGCAGGACUCGAGGCUAUGAUCCGAGAUCCCGAGACCGGAGAGGUGCUGGGUCCUGGUGAGCGGGGCGAGCUGAUGCUGCGAGGACCAGGGCUGAUGCGGGGAUACUGGCCUCUCUUCGACAAGCCCGUCACCGAUGCCGACGGCUGGUGGGGCACGGGUGAUCAGUGCUACAGCGACGAGCAAGGCUGGCUCUACCUGGUACAACGCAUGAGCGAGUUGAUUCAUAUCCGCGGUGAGAAGGUGGCACCCGCUGAUGUUGAAACCAUCCUGCUGCAAUGUCGCGAGGUGGCGGACUGCGCCCUGGUGGGCGUGCCAGACAAAGAGGCGCAGCAGCUACCACACGCCAUCAUUGUUCCUAACAAUCACGUCGGAAAAGACCACUUCGUCAAGUUCAUGGAAGAAAACGCGCCGCCAUACCUCCACUUGAAAGGUGGCGUCACACUGACAGAUGCCAUCCCACGCAACAGACUCGGCAAGGUGGUCCGCCGGCAGCUGACCGAGUGGGUGCUCCGGCAAUCGAAGCACGAGCGGCAGUAGACCGGGCUCAUGUGACACAUGCCACCGACGGCUACCGCGUGCCCAAUUCCGAAUAAUUGGGA